AUGCUUCGUUCUGGGGCUUUCCAGUGCUCAAGUAAACUAGUUUUACGCAAUGCGCGCCAUAAGUCUUCUUUUGCAACUGCAUUGGAAACUGCGGCGAGGUUAGUGACCCCCAAAAGUUUACUAAACAACCCGGUGGCUUUAGUUUCUCAAGAGAUGAAUACUCUGGCGAAGAACAUUGUCGCUUUGAUGGGUUCAGGCCAUCCAACUCUAAAUAGAGUCACUGGGUACUAUUUUGAAGCAGAGGGCAAGAAAGUUCGGCCCAUGUUGGUUCUCUUAUUAUCUCGAGCUCUAGCGGAAAUCCCAGUCGAGGAGCGUAAUAGAAUUAAGGUAGAUUAUUCUGAUGUUCCAGAGGAUCCUGUCUACUCCAGUCCUCCUCAAUCAUUGCUAUUCCAACAUCCUGCAAAAAACAUUUCACCACUUCAUAUCUUACAUGGAAUAAAGCCGUUGAAUCCUCUCACCAGAGGACCAGAACCCCUUCCUGAGAAGUUCGACGAGGAGAGAGGUAUUUUACCGAAACAAAGAAGGUUAGCCGAAAUUGUUGAGAUGAUACAUACGGCCUCCCUACUUCACGAUGAUGUCAUUGAUUACUCAGACACUCGCCGAGGCCGAGCCAGUGGUAACGUUGCAUUCACGAACAAGAUGGCAGUCUUGGCUGGAGAUUUCCUCCUCGGUAGGGCAACCGUCUCAAUCUCGAGACUGCGAAACCCUGAAGUCGUGGAACUUGUUUCUAACAGUAUUGCAAAUCUAGUUGAAGGUGAGUUUAUGCAACUGAAGAACCUCGCAACUGACGGUGACGUAUCCACUAUAGCUAAUGGUUCACAAAAAGUUCCACCACCAUCCCAGAAAUUGCUCAACGCUGCGCACGAAUACCGCGUCCCCACCGAAUCAAGUCAAAUAACUCAAGAAGCCAUGAUCACUACAGCAUUCGAAUAUUAUCUUCACAAGACAUAUUUGAAGACUGCUGCUUUAAUUUCAAAAUCAUGUAGAGCAGCUGCAAUAUUAUCAGGGGCUCAGCAACCUGUUGUCGAGGAAUGCUAUAAUUUUGGUAAAAACUUAGGAAUAUGCUUCCAGCUAGUGGACGACAUGUUAGACUUCACAGUAUCGGCUAAUGAUUUAGGGAAACCAGCGGGCGCAGAUUUACAACUUGGGAUUGCGACGGCCCCUGUAUUAUACGCUUGGAAGGAAGACAUAUCUUUGGGCCCUUUGAUACAGCGAAACUUCUCACAACCUGGUGACGCCGAAAGAGCAGCUGAAGCGGUGGUAAACCAUGGUGGUAUCCAUAAAACCCAUGAGCUGGCUGUGGAAUACAGAGAUCGUGCUCUUGCAAAUCUUCGCAAUGCUCUCCCUGAUUCAGAUGCCCGUUCUGCUCUCGAGUUCCUCACUAACAGCAUUCUGACUAGACGGAAAUGA